CUGAUUGUUGUUUCAGCUCUGAAGAUGACACAACUGUGGAUUCUUCUCUUAUCUCUGAAUAUAAUAACUCAAGACGUGGAUUCUUCCAGACCAUCAUUUCUAUCCUUCAUAACAGUGGAGUCUGGAGAACGUCUUUCCCUUAACUGCACAUUUAUAAACAUUCUGAAGCAUGAAAGUAUCGUUUGGUACAAACAAACAUUUGGAGAAAUGCCUCAAAAAGUCGGAGAAAAAUUAGCUUUUAAGAAGGUCAACAUUUCCCACAUUUUUACCAGAUCAGGAUUAACAAUGGAGUCGACUAAUGAUGGUGUUUCUCUGACAAUUCCACAUGUAAAUAAAGAUCAUGGAGGACUUUAUUACUGUGGAAGAAUUGACUUGGAUGUGGUUACAUUUUCCAAAGGAACGUUCGUGUCUGUAACAGGUGAUAAAGAUGUAAAAGUCUCAGUGUUCCAGAGCAGUGUAUCAGACUCGGUUCCUGCAGGAGCAUCAGUGACUCUGCAGUGUUCGGUUCUCUCUGAGAGCAGAGCAGCAGAACUCCAAGUGCUCUGGUUCAGAGCUGCUCCAUCACAAUCCCAUCCUCAACUCAUUUACACUCAUCACAACAGCAGCCUUCAGUGUGAGAGCGAAUCUUCUACACACACCUGUGUGUACAACUUGUCCAAGAACAUCUUCAGCCUCAAUGAUACUGGUACUUACUACUGCGCUGUGGUCCUGUGUGGAAGAUCAUUUUCGAACGGAACACGAGUACAGCUGGAGAACCAUCUAAUAUCUGUGAGACCUGAAGUGAUCUGUCUCACAGCAGUGGUGGUCGUGUGUGUGAUUGUGAUCUGCGUUCAAGCUUUUAUUAUCUGUAAAAUGAGAAACUGUGAACAAUCUGGAGUGAGGCCUCAAAAAUAUUCUGUUAUAAAGAAAACACCAGAUCAGAACACCAAUGAAGUGAUGAGAAAGAGAGAAGAUCCUGAAGAUUAUCUUUAUACUGAAGUGUUAUAUGUUUCCUAGAUCAUAUUUCUAAUUUCAUUUGUUUUUCAUGUAUUA